AUGAAGAAGGAAGAGGAAGGGGAAGAAGGAAGAAGAAAGAAAGAAAGGGUAGAAGAGGGAAGAGGAAGGAGGAGAAGAAGAAGGGGAAGAAGAGGAGAAGAUGAGGAAAAUGAGGAAGAAGGGGAAGAAGAGGAAGAAGGGGAAGAAGAGGAAGAAAGGAGGAAGGGGAAGAAGGGGAAGAAGAGGAAGAAGAGGAGGAAGGGGAAGAAGGGGAAGAAGCGGAAGAAGAGGAGGAAGGGGAAGAAGGGGAAGAAGAGGAAGAAGAGGUGGAAGGGGAAGAAGGGGAGGAAGAAGAGGAAGAAGAGGAAGAAGGGGAAGAAGAGGAAGAAGGGGAGGAAGAAGAGGAAGAAGAGGAAGAAGGGGAAAGAAGAGGAAGAAGAUGAGGAAGGGGAAGAAGAGGAGGGAGGGGAAGAAGUGAAGAAGAUGAAAAGGAAGAGGAAGGGGAGAAGAAGGAAGAAGAAAGAAAAGGGAAGAAGAGGAAAGAAGAAGAAGGAAGAGGAGGAGAAGAAGAAGAAGGGGAAGAAGGGGAAGAAGAAGAAGGGGAAGAAGGGGAAGAAGAGGAAGAAGGGGAAGAUGAGGAAUAAGAGGAAGAAGGGGAAGAAGAGGAAGAAGAGGAAGAAGGGGAAGAAGAGGAAGAAGGGGAAGAAGAGGAAGAAGUGA